CACAGGGCUGGUCAACGGCAGAGAGCCAGUCUGAAGAAAGAGAGCGCAGGAGCCGGACGACAGGAGGAGAAGCCUGAACCACAAACAAAAACCCCAGCAGGAAAAAAUGCCAAAUUUUGAAGGCACCUGGAAAAUGAAAGACAGCGAGAAUUUUGAGGAGCUGCUCAAAGCUCUAGGAGUGAACCCCAUGCUGAGGAAGGUAGCGGCGGCAGCUGCUUCCAAACCUCAUGUGGAGAUAAAGCAGAACGGAGAGCAGUUUUACAUCAAGACCUCAACUACCGUCCGCACCACCGAGAUCAACUUUGUCAUCGGAGAGGAGUUCAACGAGGAGACGGUGGAUGGGAGGAAGUGUAAGAGCUUGGCCACUUGGGAAACAGAAAACAAGAUUUACUGCAAACAGACUUUACUGAGUGGGAAUGGCCCCAAGACCUUCUGGAGCCGAGAACUGAAAGGAGACGAACUCAUCCUGAUCUUUGGAGCCAACGAUGUGCUGUGCACCAGGGUCUACAUCCGAGCGUAGCAGACCUCCACAACCAUCAGAGCUCAAGUUUCCUGAAAAGCUAGUUUUCAGCAUCUAGACUGAUAGCGAGAAUUAACAUAACAUUCAACAUUAAAAUAAUCUGUUCUGAUAUGAAACAAUUAGCACCUUUGUGGAAAAAUUACAAUCCAUCCUCAUUUUACUGCUUGUUUUCUCCUUUUGUAUAUAAUUUUUUUCUAUCAUUGAAAUGAAACAAUUAAAGUAUGAAUUCUU